GUUCCGCACAAAAGCAAGUAAAGAAGUGCAGCAGGAAACAGAAACGGGUGCCCACUGUUCAGAAAGGUGAGGAUGCCCUGGUUGGAGGUUUCUGUACAGACAAGAUGGAUAAGGAUGCUUUUAUUUCGAAAUGUAUGCUGAAGGAUGAACCAAAACUUGAAUUUGAUUGCAAUCCUAAAUCAAUAAGCCAACUUGAAACGCUUCCUUUUGAAACGGAGUCUUUGCUUAAGAAUGAUAGCAAUGAUGACAAAGUAUCAUUUUCCUGUGAUGACAGUGCCAAAGCACAGCUGACCACCGAGGCAGCCUUGCCAUCAGAUAAUGGCUCAAAUAAAAAGUCACAUAGUUCCGCACAAAAGCAAGUAAAGAAGUGCAGUAGGAAACAGAAACGGGCGCCCACUGUUCAGAAAGGUGAGCAUGCCCUGGUUGGAGGUUUCUGUGCAGACAAGAUGGAUAAGGAUGCUUUUAUUUCGAAAUGUAUGCUGAAGGAUGAAUCAAAACUUGAAUUUGAUUGCAAUCCUAAAUCAAUAAGCCAACUUGAAACGCUUCCUUUUGAAACGGAGUCUUUGCUUAAGAAUGAUAGCAAUGAUGACAAAGUAUCAUUUUCCUAUGAUGACAGUGCCAAAGCACAGCUGACCACCGAGGCAGCCUUGCCAUCAGAUAAUGGCUCAAAUAAAAAGUCACAUAGUUCCGCACAAAAGCAAGUAAAGAAGUGCAGUAGGAAACGGAAACGGAAACGGAAACGGGCACCCACUGUUCAGAAAGGUGAGCAUGCCCUGAUUGGAGGUUUUGCUGCAGACGAGAUAGAUGAGGAUGCUUCCAUUUUGAAAUGGAUGGUGGAAGAUAAAUUGAAACUUGAAUACAAUUGCAAUCAUAUAUCAAUAAGGCAAUUCGAGAAGUGUCCUUCUGAAACAGAGUCCUUGUUUAAGGAUGAUAGCAACAAUGACUGGUGGGCUAGAAUUCCGACACUAGACGUUCCACUGUUGCUUGAUAUGUGA